AUGUCUGAGCUGACAGUAGGAGAUGAGAGCGACGGUGAUUUGCCCAUGAGGGAUGAAUCAGAUGGCCCGAUCAUUGCAGAUGGUACGCAUGAAAAGGAAAGUCAGGAGGCUCGGCCUAAAGCGCCAAUAGAUCCUGUCGCGUCGAACCUCAUCAACCCUCUGUCUACUGGACAGUCAGAGUACACAACAGCGCCAAAUGGAAGGCUGUUCUACCUGGGCACAUCAUCCAACUGGUCUUUUACCCGACGAGUCCUCAACAUCACACACCAAUACGUCCACAAGACCUCAUUGCCGACCAACGCUCUUCUCUUUGAUGGCACGACGUACGUCCUCGAUUGGGAUGGCUACAGAGCAAGCGAAGUCCCCGAGAUGCCAGCUCUUCCCACACAAGACUAUGCCAUCUAUCUGGUCAACGCCGUCAAGUUCCACUGCGGCCAAAUGUUCCACCUUUUUGACGAAGAAACGUUUAUGAAGUCCUUGUACAGCUUUUAUUCUGACCCUAAUCCCAGACCCGAUCCUACUGAUCCGUGGUUCAUUCAUUUCUUGCUCAUUCUUUCUUUCGGAAAAGCCUUCACCACCAAGACCAACAGGGGGAACAGACCUCCUGGCCAUGACUUCUUUGUCAAGGCUAUGCAACUGCUCCCAGACUUCAAUGUUUUACUGAAGAACCAUGUUCUGUCAACAGAGAUCAUGUGUUGCAUUGCUCUAUAUACGCAAUGCAUCGACUUCAGGCACUGUUCAUACAACUAUCGACUAGGAGAGGCAUAUGUCGAAAGAUGCCGAAGGCUAUGGUGGACUGUACACAUCCUUGACCGGGAGAUCACAUCGUUGUUUGGCAUGCCGCCUUCAAUACAUGACGACUAUGUGCUCUGUCAACUACCAACCUACUCUGGUUCAGUUCAAAGGACGGCCGCGUUACGAAUGCGUAUCAGAUUGUCGAAGGUCAUUGGGAGCAUUAACAGGAAGGUCUACGGUCUCGACGGAAGACUCAACAACAAGUUCAUGCUUGGCACCAAAGAAGUGCUUGCCAGCGUGGCUGAGAUUGCUGAUGAGCUCCAACAAUCGUUUGCGCUGCCUCUGGAAAGGGACACCAGCUGCAUUUCGAGAACAUCCGCCCAUUUGCAUUUAUUGCACCAUCAGUGCAUUGUUCUUGCAACCAGACCGCUGCUUUUCUGUUUUCUGAAAAUUCGUUUUGAAUCACAGAAAACAUUUCUUCCAUUCGACUUGGAAGCCAGUUUCGUGUCUGCUAGCAGUCUACUACUAGGACCCGCAAUCGACCCACAAUGCUUUGAGUGCCUCGACCCGUCUCUGGAGAAAGUCUACUCCGUUCUGGACGAGAUGAUCAUGGCCGGGAACGGGAUCGCCAAGUACCGCAAAUCUGAACUACAGCAGCUUGAGAACAUGCUACAGCGACUUACGCCUUGGCCUUCACAGGCCUCUGAGCAGACGACUCUAGUAGACGAGGGGCGCCAAACGCAGCCCCCGGAUGACACGAGUCCCCAAGACACGGUGGUCUCGGCCAUGGCCUCGGAACACUCACAGCACGAGAGCUACUCUUCUUCUAUCCCGGGGAACAUGGAUGAGAUGGCUUAUGAUAGCGGGCUGACUAUGGCGCAAUUACUGGAUAUGGCCAACUCUAUUGAACAGGAAGAUUCAGAGUGGAUGUCUCAGACGAUAGUGGAACAUAGCAUUUGGUAG